GUGUUUUGAAAAAUUAUGUACACAAACACUAAUCCAAAAUCUUCUUCAUAUCUCCAUUUUUAUUCAAUAAUGGAUUCAAUUAAGCCAUCCUCAUCACAAUUAGUAUUCACGGUGAGAAGGCAAAAUGCAGAGCUAAUUGCUCCAGCAAAGCCAACUCCACGUGAAACUAAAUUUCUCUCAGACAUUGAUGAUCAAGAAGGUCUUCGAUUUCAAAUCCCCGUUAUUAAUUUUUAUCGUAAAGAUUCGGAUAUUUCUACGGGAGGAAAUCAUGACCCUGUAAAAGUGAUUAAAAAGGCAAUAGCUGAAACACUUGUUUUUUACUAUCCGUUUGCUGGUCGGCUCCGGGAAGGAAAUGGCCGGAAACUGAUGGUGGAUUGUACCGGGGAAGGAGUUAUGUUCGUGGAAGCGGAUGCUGAUGUGACCCUUGAACAAUUUGGAGAUGAACUUCAGCCUCCAUUUCCGUGUUUGGAAGAACUCCUUUAUGAUGUUCCUGGCUCUGCUGAAGUUCUUAAUUCUCCUCUGCUUCUUAUUCAGGUCACUCGUCUCAAGUGUGGUGGUUUCAUUUUCGCAGUGCGAUUAAACCACACAAUGAGUGAUGCAGCCGGUCUUGUCCAAUUCAUGACUGCUGUUGGUGAAAUGGCACGCGGGGCCUCUGUUCCGUCUACACUCCCUGUCUGGUCCAGAGAAUUGCUCAACUCCCGUGAUCCACCUCGAGUGACUUGCACCCACCAUGAAUACGAUGAAGUUCCUGAUACAAAGGGUACAAUUAUCCCAUUAGAUGAUAUGGUACACAAAUCAUUCUUUUUUGGCCCUUCUCAAGUCUCAGCUCUUCGUCGAUUCAUCCCUCCUCAUUUGCGCAAAUCUUCCACUUUUGAAUUGCUCACAUCAGUCCUCUGGCGCUGCCGCACAAUUUCCCUAAAACCAGAUCCUGAAGAGGAAGUUCGCGUGCUUUGCCUUGUCAAUGCACGUUCCAAGUUCAAUCCACCCUUACCUAACGGCUUCUACGGGAACGCCUUUGCGUUCCCCGUAGCAGUCACAACCGCAGCUAAAUUGUGUAAAAAUCCAUUAGGAUAUGCUCUUGAGCUAGUGAAGAAGGCUAAGUCGGACGUGACGGAAGAAUACAUGAAAUCCGUAGCGGAUUUGAUGGUGAUGAAAGGAAGGCCUCAUUUCACAGUGGUGCGGACUUAUCUGGUGUCAGACGUGACUCGAGCGGGAUUCGGAGAAGUAGAUUUUGGAUGGGGGAAAGCAGCGUAUGGUGGACCGGCUAAAGGAGGAGUAGGAGCAAUCCCUGGUGUGGCGAGUUUUUACAUACCAUUUAAAAACAAAAAUGGUGAAAAUGGAAUUGUGGUGCCUGUAUGUUUGCCUGCUUUUGCAAUGGAAAUAUUCGUUAGGGAACUCAAUGGCAUGUUGAAAAGUGAAGAAGAUCCAUUAGGCAAAUACACAAACUAUGCCAUCAUCAAACCCGCACUUUGACAUGUUAAUCGCAUGCAAUAUUUCUUUUUAACUUGGUUUUGUAAAGCAUUUUAAUAUCCUUAAUUUAUGUUAAGAGUGCUUUUACCAAUUCCUUCCCUGCGUAAUUACAUUUUUUUUUUCGAUGCAUUACUUUCUUUUGUCAGUUGAUGACAUCUUUGUGAAGUGAAUGUAAUGGUCCUCCGUUGUGUUCCCUGGCA